GAGCCGAGCGCCAUUUGCCCAUUCUGUACGGAAGAACGGUCGAGGUAAGGUGUGGCCUGCGGCAGGCUGGCCAGAGGUGCAACGGAGAAGUUGAGUGAGGAAGAAAAAGACAGGAAGCGAGACCACGAGAAUUUGUCGGUCGGUAGUGUGUGGCGAAAGAGAAGGAUACGACGAAAAAGGAGAAGAGAAGGAAAAAAAGAAGAGGAAGUUGGGUACGGGAACCGAUGCGAUGGGAAGACGCGUCGAGCGAUGCUGGAGGGAUUCGUGAGGUGAGGGUGACGGUCUGAUUUUUAGACCGAGUGCAGUUGGCCGAUGGAAAGAUGAUUUCUGGGUUAAGGGGAAUCUGGUGCGACGAGUAAGGGGAAUGUGGAGAGUGUCGAGUAAUUGUUGAUUAGUCGCGGGUCCGAGUAAGGCUGACUGAAAACUCUGACCUGUACGACUCGCUAAUUUUCACCAGGACUGAUCUUUCACUUUUUCCUCGAUACCUUGCACGCUUGGGCCGAUUCGACUCGGUCCAGCGUUUCUACCGCGCACCAUCCUUUUCUCCAGUGAAUAAGGAGCAAGGUACAAUAUAUAAUACGAUACCAAGAUCCAGUGAUUCGUCGGGCGCGUGGCAACGGCAGACCUAACGGCAGCGAUUCAAUCGCGAGGAAGACAGUUAGUUUUUCGGAUCCGCGUCUAUCCCCGUCAGCCGAGGACCAAAACCGAGGAUAAUGCCACUGUCCGCGACAGGUCGAGAUGAAGUUGGUUCGCUCGAAUCUCGAGGCUCGCGAUCGAGAUAAAUGAGAAAAGUGAGCAAGCGUGGAUCAUGCAUUUCCUCAACGAGCUGAAACAGUUCGCGGCUGUGGCGUUAAUUGGACCUGUCGUCUUUAUUUACGAAAGGAUCAAUAAUCGAGACGAGCUGCUGGCAGUGGAGAAGGAGAAGGAGGAGGAGGAGGAGGCGGUGGAGUAGACACCGCGUUAAAGGUGCCGCAGGAAGUAAUGGCAACACGUGAGAACAACGCUCAGGAACGCGAACGUGCGUCCGGAUGUCUCUGAGAGACACGUUCCGUCACACAAGUCAAAGUGCCAUUUCAUUGUAUUCGAUAAAUGUUAAGUACACAUAUUGUUGUUUCGCACUGUCCAAGGAAGAGAAUGAGACACAAGCUUGCAUUCUGUGAGAAUAUCAGGCAUGCUUACUUCCACCAUCUCGUACCAAUCCCUAGUAAUAUGUUAUACGAAAGUGCCAUAAUAAGGAAGAGAUUCUUUUGAUGUCGAGGACCAGACUGCAUCUAUCGUUUAAGAUACGAUGGAAGAUAGAGAGAUCUUAGCGACAGAGAGAUUGCUUCCGUGAAGGGUGCGAAAGAAUUAAAGACCAAAGAAGCAUCAGGAAUUCGAAUUAAAGCUCGCAACAUGCCUGGUGGAAAUGUUAUGGAGGAUGAUCUUGUGGGCCCCGAGUGGCUCUUUGGAGAACUCAGAUCGCAAAAUAGUCCCAGCAAGUUACUCAUCCUAGAUUGUAGGGCGCAUUCUGAUUUUUCUGAAACUCACAUUAGAGGUUCGGUUCCUUUAGCUAUACCUAGUAUCAUGCUAAGGCGGUUGGCGGCAGGUAAAGUUGAUUUAUUGUCGACGAUAAGGUGCUUAGAUCUAAGAAAUAGAGUCCAAGUGUUUUUGUGCGGCGACAAAAGCAGUAGAGGGACAUUCGUGUUGAUCGGUGACUCUACCGACCCUGCAGGACAUCAGGGUGAAACGAUCCAAGUUUUAAGUCGAAGACUUAGAAACAGUGGAGGAUGCGUAGCUAUUUUAAUUGGAGGUUUUGGAGCAUUCAGAGAUAGAUAUCCUGAAUGGUGCGAAGGCAGUCAAGUUAGCGGCGAAGGUCCUCCUGGUCAAGAUUCUAAUGAAGGUGAAUUAAUGGGCCUUAGAUCCCUUCGAAUAUCUACUCCACCAACAAGGUCUUAUUCAGAUUCUGACAGUGAUAGUACAUGUGAUUCUGUUGGACCUGAAGAGGACAAAGACUUUCCAGUUGAAAUUUUGCCUCAUUUGUAUCUCGGAAAUGCAGCAAAUAGCGUGGAUCGGGAAGCUUUAGCACGUCACAGGAUACAAUACAUUCUUAACGUAACCCCAGAUUUGCCAAAUGUAUUUGAAAACGCUGGUUCGAUAAAAUACAUGCAAAUACCCAUAAGCGAUCAUUGGAGCCAGAACUUAGCUAGUUUCUUCCCACAAGCAAUUCAAUUCAUUGAGGAAGCUCGAAGUUCAGACAAAGGAGUGCUGGUUCACUGUUUAGCUGGAGUAUCGCGGUCCGUCACAAUUACUGUAGCUUAUCUUAUGCACAAGUGUAGCCUCAGUCUGAACGACGCUUUUAACUUAGUACGUAGUCGAAAAUCUAACGUUGCUCCGAAUUUCCACUUUAUGGAGCAAUUACAUAGUUUCGAAAAGGAACUGAGGGAUCGGGGUGAUAGAAACAGGGGGAACGAUCAGAGAUGUAUCGGAGCAUGUCGACCUGGAGGUCCUUGCAAUUGUCCAGCACCCAGUUUUCUCAGUCCCAUCGACUUAGGUCUCAGUCCAGAUUCAGGUAUAGAAUUUGAUAGAUGGGCGGCUAGUACGCCGGCUGAAUGAGACGGGCCAGGGGGGACCCAAUACAAAUUUUAGGUCCCUCCUAGUAUGUUUCAUGUCAUAGUAGAAGAGCCCUAAUUGAAGGGUAAGGGAAACGAAAUUUACAUUUUGCUAGGGAAACCAUCAAUGAUCGAAACGCAGCGUAAAAGUAGACGAUAUGUCAGAUAUGUUUGUUGUGUACCAACUGACCAAGUGGUUAAACGGCUGGGCCUUUUCACUAUUUUUCUAAAUAAAUUCUUUCCUAAGGCUUCGCAGUCAUCGUCUAUUUUCGCUUAAAAGAACUUGAACGAUCGCUGAAUAAUGGAUAUUAUUUCUCAGAAUGUACUUGGAACGAUUCGGAUCUAAACAAAUACUUGACUUUUACGAGAGAAGCGAGAAAUGUUUACUACGAUUCUAAAAUUUUCAAUUUUUCGCAUGCGGUCAAAUUUUUAGAAGCUAUAAGUCGUAUCGCAAUUUUAGAGGAAAAAUAGGUACGAUUGUGCGGGUUCUAUGACUUUUUUUCUAUAUUAUCUGGAUAGCAUUAAACAUUGAAAGUAUUUUGUAAUUGAAAUCUGUACUUUCUUACUAUACGCUAUAAUUGUAGUUUGUAUAUUCUGAGAUUAUGCUUCCAAGUUAGAGGAUUUUUUUUUCCAAAUUAUGAUAGGGUUUGAGAUACAUUGAAUUUGUUGUUUAGUACUAUGUGUUAUCUCUAUAUAUUUCUAGGAUACAAUUUUAUACAUAUGCUAUAUCUUGAAAGACGAAAUCUAUAUUUUUAAUACUUAUUCCCUGAACCCUUCAAUUAUCGAGGCUGUGUUUGUUUCAUUACAGACAAUGCUUAACUAUGAAAAGAAAUAUUAUCUAACAAAUUAAGUCGUCAACCAGGCAAUCACGAGUAGUCGAAAUAAAAAUCACUGCUUAACACACUAAGUUUAAGUUAUCGGAGGUACAAAAAUUGAAAAAAAAAAAAAAUGUCUCGUACUCAGCAGUUAGAUUAUAAAAUAUAUAAAUAUAUAUAUACAUACGUAUAUAUAAAGUAAUUUGAAACUCAAUCGUAAUUUUUGACAUAGUUUUUCAAUACACAAAAGUGACUUAACUUGAGAAGCAUAUUCUUGCUGCAUUCUGACUUUCAAGAUGCGAAGUUGUAUGCACGUUUUCUCGAGUAAAUAUCUCGGUUAAAUAAAUUUAAGGAGUACAUCUUAUGGAUCAGUGCAUUUCUAUAGGGCAUUCCGAAUCUCUCCUACUUCCGAAAAAAAAUCAGGGUCGUCGUAGACACAGAAGAGUUUUUAGAAGCUUUACGUUUUGAAUUAAUUGAGGUAAAAAGUAUUCUCACUUACUUUUACCAAAGAAUCUAAUUGUUGUGAAAUAAAAAAAGAAGAGGAGUCGCGUACGAAUCAGAAUUCUGUCGGUACAAGUAAAUUUCGUCUCUGAAAUUUUUUAUAGAAUCUUUUUAUACGGCGGUCUUGAUCCAGCGCGUUGAUACAAGAAUGCAACUAAUUCUAUGCUGUACAGCAAUUUAAACACUAAAUUUUGAAUUGUACGAUUCAGCACUGUUUCUAUUAUCUUACAGAUCUCAGAUAUAUAUUUAAAAUUAUUUUUAUAAAAACGAAAAACGAAUCGCAUUCACAUUCCCAUAAUGAGCCACAAUGACCUGAUAUACUGUAACUAUCUUUCAUGUACUAUAUGUAUUGUUCAUCGAGCAUAAUUGAGGUUAAUAUGAGUGUACACAGUGAAUGUUAUUUUCCGUGUAAUUACCUACAAAAGUUGUGGUAAUGAACUCUUAAUUAUUGCGAGAGUGAAAUUGAUAUACAACUAAGGAAAUAUAUAUUUGACGUUAAUGUAAUAACAAUAUUCUACUAUUACACUGUUGUCUGUUGUAUGUUUAUCGAGUACGAUACUCGAAAGAUUUAAUCAAAUAUUAUGUAUAUUAUAUAAAUUAUUAUUUUAUAUUCA